AUGCUGAAACAGUUGUAUGUGAACAUCCCAUUCACCGAGGUGCUCACCCAGAUGCCUGCAUAUGCCAAAUUCCUGAAGAAAAUCCUAUCAAGUAAAAGGAAGCUUGAGGAAAUGAAGGUGGUCAAACUCAAUGCACACUACAGUGCCAUUCUACAAAACAAAAUUCCUCAAAACCGUGAGGAUCUUGGCAACUUCACUAUACCCUACUCAUUGGGGAGAGAAAAUUUUGACAAGUCCUUGUGCGACUCAGAUGCAUCCAUUAACUUGAUGCCAUUAUCGAUGUUCAAAAAAUUGGAAGGAGAACUAGGCGUGAUCAAAUUUGUGCUGGUAUAUUUACAACUGGAAGAUCAGACUACGAUCAUACCAGAGGGCAUAAUCGAGGACAUUCUGGUGAGGGUGAACAAAUUUGUCUUCCUGGUAGACUUCAUUGUAGUAGACAUGGAAGUGAAUAAGAAGGUACCUCUAAUCUUGGAGAGACCAUUCCUUUGCACUGGUCGGGCUAUUCUUGAUAUAUAUGAAGGUCAACCUAAACAACACAAGUUAGACAAGCUGGUAGGUGAUUCAUUGGAAAGAUGCAUUAGCAAAUCGAGUACAACAAAGGAUGGAGACCAUGAAAUCAUCAAGGAAACUGAAGCACUGGAAGAUGAAAACCAUGUGGUAGACGAAGAAGAAUUUGAGAAAGAAAAGAUAAAGACAAAGCUGGAAUUGAAAGUACUCCCAACACAUUUGAAAUAUGCUUUUUUGGAGAUUAACAAUUUUCCUAUGAUUAUUGCUGCUGAUUUGACAGGUGAACAGGAACACAUGAUAGUGAAGUUACUGCGGAAGCAUAAAAAGGCAAUCAGUUGGAGCAUAGCCGAUAUUCAGGGAAUCAGCCCCGCAAUAUGCAUGCACAAUAUCCUGUUGGAAGAAGGGAGAAACCGGUAG